AUGUCAUCUAUAAGUAGACCAUUAAUCAAAACUCAACUUUCAUAUAAAACUAUAAAGUCUGAAUUUGAUUCGAGUAUAUUCAACCAAGUAUCAAAAGAUUCUAUAUCAGAUAUUCUUAGUCAAAAAUUAAGUGUUACUGAUGGCUUCAGAAAUGCUAAUGUCAAAUAUGAAAUCAUAGAUUUUAAUCAAUACCAACAAGAAAAUGGGAUUGAACAAGAAGAUAACACCAUGCAUAUGGACUCAGUGUUGAGGAAAAGAAGAUUGAAAAUGAAGAAGCAUAAAUUGAGAAAGAGAAGAAGAGAACAGAGAUCCUUGAAGAGAAGAUUAGGUAAAAUCUAG